AUGUUCAGAAAAGUGUGCGAGAUGGAGGCGGAGACGGAGACGGAGACGGGGACGGAGACGGGGACGGAGGCGGAGGCGGAGGCGGAGGCGGAGGCGGAGGCGGAGGCGGAGGCGGAGACGGAGGCGGAGACGGAGGCGGAGACGGAGGCGGAGACGGAGGCGGAGACGGAGGCGGAGACGGAGGCGGAGACGGAGGCGGAGACGGAGGCGGAGACGGAGGCGGAGACGGAGGCGGAGACGGAGGCGGAGACGGAGGCGGAGACGGAGGCGGAGACGGAGGCGGAGACGGAGGCGGAGACGGAGGCGGAGACGGAGGCGGAGACGGAGGCGGAGACGGAGGCGGAGACGGAGGCGGAGACGGAGGCGGAGACGGAGGCGGAGACGGAGGCGGAGACGGAGGCGGAGACGAAGGCGGAGACGAAGGCGGAGACGAAGGCGGAGACGAAGGCGGAGACGAAGGCGGAGACGAAGGCGGAGACGAAGGCGGAGACGGAGGCGGAGACGGAGGCGGAGACGGAGACGGAGACGGAGGCGGAGACGGAGGCGGAGACGGGACGGAGACGGGACGGAGACGGAGACGGAGACGGGGACGGAGGCGGAGACGGAGGCGGAGGCGGAGGCGGAGGCGGAGGCGGAGGCGGAGGCGGAGGCGGAGGCGGAGGCGGAGGCGGAGGCGGAGGCGGAGGCGGAGGCGGAGGCGGAGGCGGAGGCGGAGGCGGAGGCGGAGGCGGAGGCGGAGGCGGAGGCGGAGGCGGAGGCGGAGGCGGAGGCGGAGGCGGAGGCGGAGGCGGAGGCGGAGGCGGAGGCGGAGGCGGAGGCGGAGGCGGAGGCGGAGGCGGAGGCGGAGGCGGAGACGGAGGCGGAGACGGAGACGGAGACGUGGACAGGGACGAAAACGGAGAUGUGGACGGGGACGAAAACGGAGACGUGGACGGGGACGAAAACGGAGACGGGGACGGGGACGGAGACGGAGACGAAGACGGAGACGGGGACGAAAACGAAGACGUGGACGGGGACGAAACUGAGACGGGGACGAGGACGAAGACGGAAACGGAGACGGGGACGGAGGCGGAGACGGGACGGAGACGGAGACGGAGACGGAGGCGGAGACGGAGGCGAAGACGUGAACGGGGACGAAAACGGAGACGGGGACGGGGACGGUGA